AGCAUUUUUCUAAAAUACUUAGACACAGUAAUUUGUGAUUGUGGGUCAGGACAGGAGAUUUAUACGCCAAACAGUUUACGGCCUGAAACUCAGUUAUUAAUAAGAAAUAUCAGCAUGUUAUAAGCCUGGUGACAGUGACCUUACAGCCUGUGAGGGACAGAACUUGUUCAUACUUCCUUAUAUGAAGACUAGGGUGUUUUUGUUGUUGUUGCUGUUUGUUUGUUUGUUUUAUCAUGAAGGGAGAGGAGCUGCCUGGGCUUUUGGUAAAUGAAAUUGGAGGAAUGCAUGGGAUACUGCAUGACCAUGUGGAGUUCCUGAAGAAGCAUUUCUGCCUCAUCACUAUGAAGGAAUUUCUUGAAAACAAAAAGAAUAUGAGUAAAAAGGUCCAAGCAGUCUAUCUGUGGUGGCACAAACCAGUCAUUGACAAAGACCUCCUCCAGAGCCUGCCAAACUUGAAAGUGAUUGCAAAUUCAGGAGUAGGAAUGGAUCAUCUGGAUCUGAAACUUGUAGCUAGCUUUGGUGUGAAAAUGGCUAAUGCUCCAUGUGCUGUUUCCAGUAGCACAGCAGAUACUGGGAUGGCUUUGCUGCUGGCAUCUGCUAGAAGACUAGUAGAAGGCUAUCAUGUUGCUGUUUCCCCGGGUAUGGAGUACUGCGAAGCUGAUUUUCUUGGAGUUGAAGUUACUGGAGCUACUCUGGGGAUCAUUGGCAUGGGCAGCAUUGGGUAUAAGAUUGCUCUGAGAGCCAAAGCAUUUGAAAUGAAGAUUUUGUAUCACAACAGAACACGGAGGAAAGAGCAGGAAGAGCAAGCUGUUGGUGCCCUUUACUGUGAAAAGAUAGAUGAUUUGCUCUGCCAGGCAGAUUUCGUGAUGGUGGUGGUGAGCCUGACACCUCAGACACACAAGCUGAUUGGGAAAAGAGAGAUGGAACUGAUGAAACCCACAGCUACUCUCAUUAACAUAAGCCGAGGUGCAGUGGUGGACCAAGAGGCGUUGGUGAUAGCUCUGCGCAGUGGUGUUAUCAGGGCUGCAGCUUUGGAUGUCACCUACCCAGAGCCACUGCCCAGAGAUCAUCCAUUAUUAAAAUUGAAGAAUGUAAUUAUAACACCUCACCUUGGCAUUAAAACAGACAAGGCUACCCGCAUGAUAACAGAGGAAGCAGUUGAAAACAUAUUAGCAGCUCUUGCUGGUCUUCCCAUGCCUAGUGAAGUGCACCCUAGCUGAAGAACAAAAGGAGCUCUACGUAUUUUUUCUUUUUCUUUCCCCAAUCAGCUCUAAAUACUUUUCUUCUUUUUUUUUCCCCCCAUUAAGAGACACCUGUUCAGAAUGGGCAGGGAGAACUCUGGCCGAGUCUCACAUGUAAUGAGACCUUUACAAUUUUUUAUUUCCUUCUGGAGGAACAAACUACUCUUCACUUUCAGCUAUGGAUAAAUGCAUGCAAGCUUUAAGAGGCUCUGGGAGAAAUAACUUCUGAUUGUCUACUUAUUUGCAGUUUUUGAAAGGCUCCCUAGAAAUGAUGUUUUAAUUUGCUUACUGGUGAGAGAAACAGGACUUCACAAGAUGUAACAGAUCACUUCAUAGUUAUUUUUAUUUAGUUAUAUUUUAUUAAAAAUAUUUUUGAAUGUGAGCUUUCCUGGGUGAUAGAUCCUCUCUGUUACCAAUACCAAUCAUUUUAAAGGUGCUACCACGUAGUCAUGAGACAACAAAAAAUCUCUUAACAUUCUGUACUAUUCUUAGAAAACUUUGGAAAUAGUAUGCCAGACUAAGGGAAAGAGUUAAUACAAAGGGGAAAAUAGCAAUUUUACAUCAGUAUUUAAAAAAAUGUAUAGGAGUCCUAAAGAAAAUGUCUGUUUAGAUUACAUAGUUCAUUCAUAUUGUAUUGGAUAUCAAAACAAACAAUGCAAGCUACCUGCUAGACCUUCCAUAUGGAAGUCUCCUUUUAAAGUAGCACCUGAGACCUGAAAUGCUGAGGCAAAAAUCAGUUUUCAGAAACAUACUCAGAAUCAUUUAUUCAAAGCAGAUGAUCUGAGCUGACAGUUUGAAGUACUAGUUGCAGACAACAGCACUAAUGAAAAAGACUCCAAGAUGGACAUGUUGCCAUGUUUGUAAUACCAAACUUAUUUGAAGUCUACCUUUAAUAUUUUCAACUUAGCACAAAAUAUUCAGAAGAAUGCUUGUAGGACUCCAGCACCAUUCUGUAACUCAGAAGGAACACAAAAAAUAUUUUUGAAAAAACAAACACCAUUAAAAGCCCAAGUCAAUCAGAUGCCCUUUGUGUCAUUGCUUCUGCAAGAAUAUAUUUGAAGCAAGAUACAACAGUGUGCAUCAGUACUACGAAGAUUAAAAAUAGCACCUUGACAAAUUGUUUUUAAGACUGCAAUUAUCAUAGUAAAAAAGCAAUAUGCCAUGGCUUCACCACACUAGAAACAGCAUCUUUAAUACAAUUAAUUAUUUCAAAUUCUGCAGGAAAACUGUCUCUUUGAAUAGAAGAACCUCCCUAGAGAAAAGAGAUUAGCCCCACUAACACUUAUGUACACUCUGUUGUCUUAAAAUACAAAUAAACUACCAAUACACAACUCA